UUAAAACCUAAUUCUAAUUCAGAGAACAGAAAGGCGAUUUGUAGUUUGGAACUCGCUCUUGAGGAAGGAUUGGCGAUUUGGCUCGAGUGACAGUGAAAUUGGCUUUCAUGCAAGAGUAGUACGCGCGACGAGCAGAUUCAGCUCUCGUACUAUUACUUUACGAUAUCGUACAAAAUCAUACGUUCGGGUACAAAUGGUGAUUGAUAGGUGGAUCGGCUUUUCAAGCAAGCAAAUUGCGCUGUAGGUGGAAAAGCAAGGGGCGUCCAUAUGGAGGAACAUUUCAUUCUUCGGGUGCCACCAUCCGUGGCAGAGAGGUUGAAUCGUGUACUCAACGAGGAUCCGCUUUCUGCUCUGGACAAUUCGAUUGAUCUCUCCUUUCUCGAGGACGGAAGGACAGGUUCAUUUGUCAUUGGCAAAGAAAGUUUCCCUGCUUCGCUUCUAGAUUUGCCUUGCGUGGUUGAGUCUUAUAAAACUUACGACGACAAUGUGCUCAUCAAGACGGCCGAUAUUGGGCAGAUUAUUAUGGUGGGAGAGCCAAGUGAGGCGCCCCCCGAAGGACCAGAAUACAAGCACGGUCUGACACCACCAAUGCGAGAUGCACGCAGAAGACGCUUUAGAAGAGAACCUGAUCUGAAUCCAGAUCUUGUUCAACAGGUGGAAAACGAUCUACAAAGCAUCAUGGCAGGAGGAACAGCUCGUGAUGUUGAGAUAGUAGAACAAGAGGAGGAUGCAGACGACGAUGCAGAACCAGAAGAAGCACAGCCUGCGGCCAACGCUGGCGCUGUGUCAGAACCAGCACCUGCAAGUGUGAUUUCUCCGAUUCCAGAGGAACCUAUUGGAGAGGACGAAGAAGAUGAAGACGAUGAUGCGAUGGACGAGGAUGAAGAUAAUGAAAAUUACUAACUCGAUUUGUGUAUGUAUCUCUCAGCCGCUUCUGAACUAAAGUUCUGGCACUUUGUACAAUAUAACUUCAAGAACCCUCAACAUAUGUUACAUAUGUGGUCAAAGAGGAUGUAAGAAAUAUGAUCUCUGAGCACCAACUCUCUUACUUCCAUAUUGCGAUUACAUCGCUGGUCUGGAAGAUGACAUUGUCCUUUACUAUCGCGCGCUCCUUCACCACCGAAGGGUGGUGGAAGAGCGCGCGAGGAAGUGCUUAUUUUGACCGUGGAGAACGUAAUACGUUUAAAAAACUUCGAUUAUCUUCAGAUCUCCCUUCAUAUCAUAUUUCUUCUCUCCAUGACUUUCUCAGUAGUUGCAGGGAGAGGAAAAACGGAGUAAACUGGCUGCCUCGCUAAGAGGAUGGGAACAACCCGAGUGGAAACACGCGCAGGACAUAAGUGGAUUGGUUAUAGUUUGUUCAGGAUUUGUUGGAAAAACGCGAUGUAUUUUUUUAUGAAAGUUAGGACCUUAUGAAUCGUUUGUGGAAUUCUUGCGUCUACUUUAUAAAUGUCAUGGUGACGAUUAGCAUGUUCUACAACUCAAGUAGUUCCGA